AUGUCAGAAGGCGAGGCAGGUCAAUCCAAAGGCAACCAGACUCUUUCUUGGAUCUGGAAGAUGCAGGGCAUCUCAGCAACCGGGGAGGUUCUUGCAGAUGUGCUAUGCAUUGAGUGGUGUAAAGCCAGAGCAUGUGUGCACCACUGGACAGAAGAAGUGCAGCUUUUACUGGAGGAGAUGUGGUGUGUCAGAGAAUUCCUCUUGUGGCAUGCUACAUGGUGGGAUGAGCAGGCAGGGCGAAGAACAGGUUUACCUGAUGCUGUGAGUGAGGGCAUCAAAGCUUAUGCCAAAUGCCAAGCAUCUCUUCGGAGAAACUUACAGAUAGCCUUCAACAACAUGUGGGUCGUGAUAGAGUUCUCCGCAACUGCAGAGGUACAGUUAUAG